CUAUGAAUUAUGCUAUCAUUUGCAUAUUAACUCAUACCAUUCACCUUUAACCUUGCGACACAUCCAAUAGAGAUCAUGAGUGACACGCCCGUGACUUUGAACCACCUGUGACUAUAAAACCGAAGCCAAAAACCUCAACGGAAUAUUCACUUUGACUUUGAUCAUCAACCUGAACCAGCAGUGCUUCCAUCGAAACCUCGGCACUAAAAUGGCCUUUCAGACAGCCGUCCAGAUGUUCUCCUACCUGCCGAGUGUCCGCGUUCUCUUGGCCUUCUUCUUGACCGUUCUCAUCAUCAAAUGGACCCUAGAGUGGCUCUGUGGUCCCGCCAACCUUCCCCCGGGGCCUUGGGGUCUUCCUCUGCUCGGAGCCAACUUCCGUCUGGGCAGCAACCCGGGGCAGUCCCUCUUCGAGAUGAGCAAGAGGUACGGCAAGAUCUUCAGUCUACGCAUCGGUCCUCGCUUAACGGUGGUGAUCACCGAUCCGGAACUCGUCCGUGAGGCCCACUGCAAGAAAGCUGAGGCGACCAGCGCACGAGACCCCUCCACGCUUGAUUGGUUGGAUGUGUCUGGCUCAAUAAUAAGCUGCAGCGGCAGUGACGUCAAGCCACUUCGUCGCUUCAUCCUCCGGGCUCUUCGAGACUUCGGUCUGGGCAAGAAGUCCUCGGAGAGACUGAUCAUGGAGGAGGCCCAGCACUUGUGCCGAGCCUUAGAGAGGACCGGUAAAGGAACCUUCUUCGAUCCAAGAAACCAGAUCCAGAUGGCGGUGGCUAACAUCAUCUGCACUCUCUGCUUCGGGCGGAGGUUCGACUACGCGUCCUCGGAGUUGAUGCAGCUUGUCCUCAGUCUGCAGGCCGUGUCUCACAUCUCAGGCCUCAGCAUCACUCGGGAGAUCCCGCUCCUCUUCCUCGCACCCCGCUUCAAGGUCUUCCGAGAGGGAGGCCUGACCUACCGGAAGAUCAUCACUGACAUCGUGGCCCAACACAAGGCAACCUUUGACCCGGAUCACCACCGUGACGUCACCGACAAGUUGAUUCAGGAGACUUCAAACGAGGACUCGCUGUUCUCGUUCGGAGACGAUCGGAUUUACCGGACAUUGAUUGACAUGUUCGGGGCGGGGGCAGACACGACGUCCUCGGUACUACAGUUUGCCUUAUGGCACAUGGCGCUCAAACCUAACGUUCAGAAAAAGGUCCGCAGUGAAAUACUGACCGCAGUAGGCACCGAGCGUGCCCCCGAUUUAUCGGACCGGCCCCGCCUCCCGUACACCCAAGCCACGGUGAACGAGGUCCUCCGCCUGACCCACCCGGUACCCCUGAACCUACUCCACCGUACCACGGCAUCCAUCGAGCUGGCUGGGUAUGACAUACCGGAGGGCACGGAGCUCAUGACCCCCAUCGCCUGUAUGAACAUGGACCCCGGGACGUGGAAGGAACCGGAGGAGUUUGAUCCGGAAAGGUUUCUGUCUAAAGACGGGAAGUCGAUGGUGCUGCCACCUGGUUUUCUGCCCUUCGGCACGGGUUCCCGGAUGUGCCUGGGUAAAACCUUGGCCCGUAGUGAGUUGUUCCUGUUCUUUGCGACCAUGAUGCAGCGCUUCACCUUUGACCUUCCGCCGAAAGCGCCAGGGUCACACUCGGGCUAUUUCGGUUUCUUCCUUUGGUUUCCGGACCACUUCAAAAUCAGUGCCACUCCGAACUUCUAAUUCUUUUUUUUUUAUUUUUAUUUUCAGUUAUCAAUUCGGGGUAACUUUUCUCACCACAGUUUCAUUUUUGUGUUCAUUUUCAACGUGAUGACUGUACUGACAUUUAAGAGGUGUCAUUGUUGAUUAAAAAAUUGUACCAAACGCAGUCAUCUUAAUGAUCAUAAUUUAUGAAAAUACUUGAUUUAUGAAAGUUAAAUUAACGCGAAUUGGUAAAUAUGGGUCUUUGGCCCUAAUAAGGGCACAGCGCAUGCGCAGUGAUAAUAUAUUGACCUAGAUCGUCGUUUUGUUUUGUUUCUCAUUUAUAACUCUGUAAAUUCUUUAAUUUGUUGAAUAAUUUGUUUUCAUGUCGGCAAAAUAUGUAAGAUUAUCAAUAUUUGGUUUUUACGUAACAUUCCAAUCGUGUGCCGACGCGAUGCCAUUGCUCUGUUUGUGUGUGCCUUAACUACUCGGGUUGCGUGAAGUUUGUGUUGGUCCAAUCAACACCGUCAUCAAGGUUUACUGUCAGAGAACGGUCAGACCGUCACGUCAGCUUUCUGCACUAAUGACCCCAAGCGUGGGGUCAACUUCGAUUAGCACGUACGUACUUUAUGGGCGAGUGCUAUGGUUUCAGACCAGAAAAUAGACUGCCAUAGACCUCAGUGAUAAUAUUACGUACAAUUCCAAAAUUUAUUU